AGAAACCAAGAAACGCGCGUGCGCAGCCGCAAAAAGAGCCAGUCGAUCGUCGACAGUCUCCGCGUAGAGUCAACUCAGAUCGUGAUCCGUGUUCUCCAGAGUGCACCGCAUUUCAUACGUACUAUUUUGCAGCAACUUGUUUUCAAAGUCAUUACGUGUCGGCCAGUCGCUAAACAAAUUGUGCAUUUUUAAAAAACAGUCGCAAGAGCCAGUGCAUUUCGGACAAUUUAUGCCAUAUUUUUGUGGGUUUUCUGGAGCUUCCUGACAGUCAUCAGUAGUCAGCCACCACCCGCAUACGAAAUCCAAGGAAAAAAUUAAAGAGGGGAAAUAAAAAUCCACACGGUCAAUAUGCAAAUGGAAAAGCACACACUUCUGGUUCUUCUGUUGGUGGGCCUCAUUCUGUGGACGGGUUCCUCCCAGGCCGCCCGUCGCCUCAGGAAGAAACCGAAGGUCUACAAUGCCCUGAUCACCACGGACGACAAUCUGACCUCCAGCCGGGCCUUUCCGGUCAUCCAGCCCUCCAUCCACGAGCCUGGGUACGCCCCCUUCGGACCCUACAAUCCCUAUGGCUUCUAUAGUCCUCCGAUCGUGAGGUUCGGUCAGGCAAUUGUUCCUGGACUUACGCCCAAUGAGAGGCUUCCUUACCCACUGCCACCUGCUGCCCAGUAUCCAGGUGGCUUUGCACCCUAUGAGCCCCAACAGCCGGUGGAAUCUCCCGUGGAGCUGCAGCCCCAGCCGGAGUCGCCACCCGGAUCCGUGGAGCCCCAGGAGAUGCCCAAGGAGCAGAUGCCUCUGCCACUGAAUCAGCAAGGACUGCCACCCAUGCUCAUCCCCCUGCCCUCCCAGUUCAGAGGACAGCCUACGCACCUGCCCCCGUAUCCCUACAGCCAGUAUCCAGUGAUCUACGAUCAGGCGGGUUACAUUAGGCAGAACUAUCUGCCUCCCUACGAUUACUACCCCACCCAGGGUUAUCCCAUUCGGGAGGCCACAGCUGCACCUUCUGCCACGCCCCCCGCAGUGGAGGAUCAGCCCCCAGUUCCAGUCCAGAGUCCACAAAGUCCGAUUAAGCCAUUACCCCUGGAUAAUCUGGAGCCAGCGACGCCCAGUUUCGAGGACAUUCGCAACGGAUCGGAGAGCAAAAACAGUGCGGUUCCGGAUGUCCCACCGCCACCAAUACCCUCCGGACCCAAGCGUCCGCGACCCGCGGAUCCGGAUAACUGAUUGCCACCCGGAUAAUUCCGGUUGCUCAGAUUCCACACACGUAUUUAUUACCAUUUCGCUUAGGCAUAUAAUAUCGGCUCGAUUGUACAAUGUCGCUUAGCCCGUAAGCUAAAGUAAGAGUUCAUUCGGAGAUAACGAAUAAAUAAUAUAAAAUCGCCA